AUGUCAGAUGAGGAGCCUAAGGUUGCCGGAAGACGGAGGAGCAGGGGAGCUCAGGCGACGGCGCGCGCGGAGGCACUCCAGCGACUCAAAGCUCUCCGGAGCGGCGGCCGUAGAUCUACCGAAGAAGGUCAUGGAUUUCAAAUCAAAAUGGAGGAUCGAAUUUACGAUACUGUCGACGACGGGGAAUACGAGGCACUCGUCGCGAAGCGGCGGGAAGAGGUCAAGGAUUUCAUCGUGGAUGACGACGGCCUAGGGUACGGCGAUGAAGGUCAGGAAGAGGAUUGGUCCAAAGCCGGUGUUCUUCUGUCUUCGGAGGAGUCCGACGGUGAAAUGGAAAGGCCGAAAAGGAAGAAGAAUAACAGAAGUAAUAACAACAGUUCGGAGAAGAAGGAGCCGCCAAUUACCAAAAAGCCAUCAGCUCUUUCCGCCGCCGCCGCUUUGAUGGGUAAGCAAAGAAUUUCAAAUAUGUUUACUUCUUCGGUCUUCAAGACGAAUAGAGAUGAUAAUAAGGCCAAGAACAAUCUCUCUUGUGAUAGUAUCGUAGAUGAUGUGAUUGCUGAAUUUGCGCCUGAUGAGGAGGACAGGGAGAGGAGGAAGAGGGCAAAUUCUAUUUUAACUCCUAAAUUGAAAACUUUUGUUCCAGUAAAUUCUAAUUUUAUGUCAAUUAAAGUUGAGAAGGAUACUGUUAGUAAUGGUUUUGAUGUUAGUGAUAGGUUUGAUAAUAAUGAUUUUAUUGACUCGAACGAGUCUGUGGUAACUGAUACUGAUAUGAGUGAGAAAGAUCUCUCGGUGAGGGGAAAUGGGAGUGAAGAUACCUCCGUUGUUGGAUUGAAGGACGAAAUAGGUGGGGGAGUGACUACUGUUUCAGAGAAAAGAGAGGGGGAAAGAGAUGAUUCAUCUAUUGGGGUUCAAUUGGAAGUUCAGCCAGGAGCAAAGUUGGGAGAGAAAGCGUUUAGUCUGAAUGCAAAGAUUACAGAGGAGAAGAAUUCAGGACUAAGUGCUACUGCUGGGUGGCAGGCAAUGAAGAGAUGUGAUAUUUCCGAAGGAAACCAGAGUUUGAACAAUGAAGAGAAAUCUGAUUUUUUGGUGGAUCCUGACGGUUCACUGCCUUUCUAUAUACUUGAUGCUCAUGAGGAAAUCUAUGGUGCCAACGCGGGGAAUCUAUUUCUCUUUGGAAAGGUCAAAUCUGGAGAUACAUACAAUAGCUGCUGUGUGGUUGUCAAGAACAUGCAGAGAUGUGUUUAUGCAAUUCCAAAUGCCACUGUCUUUGAUGGCGAGACAUUAAUGAAGCUAGAAAAGGAUGCAGAAGAGUCUAAAAUAUCUUCUGCAGAAUUCCGGACUCAACUGCAUGAGAUGGCAUCAGGAUUAAAAGCUGAGAUUACUAAACAGCUGCUGGAUCGUAAUGUUUCGGUUUUCAGUAUGGCUCCUGUAAAGAGAAAUUAUGCUUUUGAGCGAUCUGAUAUACCAAGGGGCGAGAAUCAUGUCCUUAAAAUCACUUAUCCGUUUAAGGAUCCACCGCUUCCCUCAGAUAUUAGAGGUGAAAAUUUCUCUGCAUUGUUGGGAACACAUUCAAGCGCCUUGGAAAAUUUUCUUGUGAAAAGGAAAAUAAAGGGACCUUCUUGGCUAUCAAUCUCAGGAUUCUCUAGCUGCCCUGCACCUCAACGUGUGAGCUGGUGCAAAUUUGAAGUUUCUGUUGAUUCUCCAAAGGAUGUACGAGUGUCAACUUCCUCCAAGAUCACUGCAGAGAUUCCUCCUGUAGUAGUUACUGCUAUAAAUCUGAAAACAGUCAUCAAUGAGAAACAGAAUCAUAAUGAAAUUGUUUCUGCAUCUGUCAUUUGCUGCAAGAAAGCCAAGAUUGAUGCUCCCAUGUUGGCUUCAGAGUGGACAAAGCCAGGCAUGCUUAACCACUUCACUGUUGUUCGUAAGAUUGAGGGAUCCAUAUUUCCAAUGGGAUUCACCAAAGAGUCUGCUGAAAGAAAUGCUAAAGCUGGAUCCAGUGUCAUAAGCUCUGAAAGCAGUGAAAGAGCUUUAUUGAAUCGUCUGAUGAUUGAAUUACAUAAACUGGAUAGUGAUGUUCUCGUGGGGCACAAUAUCUCUGGGUUUGACCUUGAUGUUCUUCUUCACAGAUUUCAGGCUUGCAAAGUACCAAGCAGUAUGUGGUCUAAAGUGGGUCGUUUGAAGCGCUCUACCGUUCCUAAACUUACCAAGGGAAAUAGCAAUUUUGGCUCAGGUGCAAGUCCUGGGAUCAUGUCCUGUAUUGCAGGCAGACUCUUAUGUGAUACCUAUCUUUGUUCUCGUGAUUUACUGAAGGAGGUCAGCUAUUCCUUGACGCAACUCGCAAAAACUCAACUCAAUAAAGACCGCAAGGAGAUUACUCCUCAUGACAUUCCUCGCAUGUUUCAAAACUCGGAAUCACUUAUGGAGCUUAUUGAGUGUGGUGAAACAGACGCAUGGUUGUCAUUGGAGCUCAUGUUCCACCUGAGUGUUCUUCCCCUUACACGUCAAUUGACUAACAUAAGUGGGAACCUGUGGGGUAAAACACUACAGGGUGCCAGGGCACAAAGAGUUGAAUAUCUACUGUUGCAUGCAUUCCAUGCAAAGAAGUUCAUUGUUCCAGAUAGGUUUUCAUCUCAGGCACGGGAAAUGAAAAUGACAAAGCGAAAAGUUAACAAUGCUUCUGACAGCAAAGAAAAUGAAAAUAGUUACAUUGACGAAGCAAAUUUUGAUAACGAGAUUCCAGAAAACAAUGGUGGGAAAAACAAAAAGGGUCCGUCUUAUGCCGGUGGUUUGGUUUUGGAGCCAAAAAAAGGAUUGUAUGACAAGUAUAUAUUGCUCCUGGACUUCAAUAGUCUCUACCCUUCAAUUAUUCAGGAAUACAAUAUCUGUUUCACUACUGUUGAAAGAUUUUCAGAUGGAACAGCUCCACGUUUACCUUCCAGUAGAAGGACAGGAGUUUUACCUGAGUUGCUGAAAAAUUUGGUGGAAAGACGAAGAAUGGUGAAAUCAUGGAUAAAAACCGCCACAGGUCUGAAGGCCCAACAACUUGACAUUCAGCAACAGGCAUUGAAGCUGACGGCAAACAGUAUGUAUGGAUGCCUGGGAUUUUCAAAUUCUAGAUUCUAUGCAAAGCCACUUGCAGAGCUCAUCACCUUACAGGGAAGGGAGAUCUUACAAAGUACGGUUGACCUUGUUCAGAACAACCUAAAUUUGGAGGUUAUCUAUGGUGAUACAGAUUCCAUUAUGAUUUAUAGUGGUCUUGAUGAUAUCGGAAAGGCAAAGGCUAUUGCAGGAAAGGUCAUUCAAGAGGUAAACAAGAAAUAUAGAUGCUUAGAAAUUGACCUUGAUGGUCUGUAUAAAAGAAUGCUUCUUCUGAAGAAAAAGAAAUAUGCAGCCAUCAAAAUGCAAAUCAAGGAUGGAACUCCUCAUGAGGUAAUUGAACGAAAAGGUCUUGAUAUGGUUCGCCGAGACUGGAGUUUGUUGUCAAAGGAACUGGGUGAUUUCUGCCUUAGUCAAAUAUUGUCUGGCGGGUCUUGCGAGGACGUUGUUGAAUCUAUACACAAUUCACUUGUCAAGGUUCAGGAGGACAUGAGGAACGGUCAAAUAGAACUGGAAAAAUAUGUAAUUACAAAAACAUUGACUAAAGCACCUGAAGCCUACCCUGAUGCUAAAAGUCAACCACAUGUCGAAGUCGCCCUUAGAAUGAAGAGAAAUGGUUAUAUCACUGGUUGCUCUGCUGGUGAUACUGUACCUUAUAUUAUCUGCUGUGACCAGGAGAAUAGCUCCAGCAGCUCCGGGAUUGCUCAGCGGGCAAGGCAUCCUGAUGAGGUGAAGAAAGGCAAUGGGAAAUGGAUUAUUGACAUUGAUUACUAUUUGGCACAGCAGAUUCAUCCUGUGGUUUCGCGUCUUUGUGCACCAAUUCAGGGUACUAGCCCAGCACGUCUGGCUGAUUGUUUAGGGCUUGAUUCCUCGAAGUUCCAAAGCAAAACAAGUGAAGCUGUUAACAGUGAUUCUUCAAGUUUGCUUUUGUGUGCGGCUGAUGAUGAAGAGAGAUAUCGAGGGUGUGAGCCAUUAGUUUUGUCAUGUCCCAGUUGUUCCAGUAGCUUUGACUGCCCAUCUAUAUUCAGUUCUGUAUGUUCAUAUAGCAGUCAAAAGCCAGCUGGUUCACAAUCACCAAACAACUUCUGGCUCAAACUGCAUUGUCCCACAUGUCCUGAAGAUGUUGAAAAGGGCAGUAUAUCUCCUGCAAUAGUAGCAAAUCAGGUAAAGAAGCAAGCAGAAGCUUUCAUCUCGACCUAUUAUCAGGGUAGCAUGAUUUGUGACGAUGAAACUUGCAAAUAUACAACUCGUAGUUUGAAUCUUCGGGUACUGGGAGACUCUGAGAGAGGAACCCUUUGUCCCAAUUAUCCUCGGUGCAAUGGGAGGCUCCUCAGAAAGUAUUCAGAGGCUGAUUUAUACAAGCAGCUUUCUUACUUCUGCCAUAUUCUGGAUACAACCCGCUGCAUCGAAAAGCUGGAAAUCAAGGAGAAACAGGUGGAAAGAGAAGUGGUUAGAUUGCGACCUUUUGUUGAAAUGGCAGCUUCAAUAAUACAGAAGCUCCGAGAUAGAUGCGCCUAUGGAUGGGUACAGAUGGAAGGUUUAGCAGUGUCAAUUUAA